AUGCCGCCGCCUCCCAACCGCCGCGGCAUGACCGCGAACCCGCUCAAGCCUGGACGAUACAGACCUGGAAAAGCAGUCGCUGAGGCAGAAUCAUCUUCGGAAGAAGAGGAGGAAGAGGAAGAUGAAGCGCAAAGAGAAGAAGAAAUAAGGCGAGAAGCCGAGGCGCGGCGCCGGCGACAACAAGCUCCGAAAGCAAGCUCAUUCCCUGUCCCGGCAGCUCGCAAGGUCGAAGAACCCGAUGACGACGAGGAAGGAUUCGUUACCGAAGACGAAGAGGACGAGGAACCCGCUCCCGCGCCGGCUUCGACAAAAGUUGCGCCGUCGCAAACCGCUCAACCCGAGACCUCAUCACUGAAAGCUACCCCUGUAGCUGCGCCACAAGAAAGUGAAGAGGAGGAAGAAAGUGAAGAAGAGAGCUCGGAGGAGGAAAGCAGUUCGGAAGACGAAGCGCCGCGACGGAUGCUGAUUCGGCCUACAUUCAUCAAAAAGGACAAGAGAGGGCAAGACAAUUCAGCUUCUGCCGCAGUCGAUGAAGAAGCCGAGGAAGAGAAGCGCCGCGUGCAACGACAAGAGAAGGCAGACCAGCUGGUCCGGGAUCAGCUCGAGAAGGACGCAAUUGCCCGCUCAGCCAAAAACCGAGCUUGGGACGAUGACGAAAUCGUGGAAGCCGAUGAGGAGGGCGCCAUUGACGACCGGGACGACGUCGACCCAGAGGCUGAAUAUGCUGCAUGGAAACUACGAGAAUUGAAGCGCAUCAAGCGCGAGCGCGAGGCGAUCGAGGAGGCCGAGAAGGAACGCGAGGAAAUCGAACGGCGUCGCAACCUCACGACCGAAGAGCGGGAUGCCGAAGACCGCGAGUUCCUGGCGAAACAGAAGGAGGAGCGGGAGGCUACGCGUGGCGAGGGUGGAUUUAUGCAACGCUAUUUCCACAAGGGUGCCUUCUUCCGCGACGAUUUGGAGAAGGAAGGUCUCGAUCAGCGCAAUGUUAUGGGACGUCGUUUCGUCGACGAUGUCAAUCGUGAGACUCUGCCUCAGUAUAUGCAGGUCCGUGAUAUGACCAAGCUCGGCAAAAAGGGUCGAACUCGCUACCGGGAUCUGAAGUCCGAGGAUACGGGUCGCUUUGGUGAGGGUUACCAGAACCGACGACGAGACAAUGCUCCCCCGGUUGGUAUUAGAGACGAACGAUUCAUGCCUGAUCGUGGAGAUGACCGCGGGCCGAAGGGACCGACAGGAGCCAAUGCUAGUGCAGUCCGGCCGAGACGGAGAUCGAGGUCUAGAUCACGCUCUCCGCGACGAGAUCGACAUGAAAGAAGUCGCUCGAGAGAGCGGCGGAAGCGCAGCCCCUCGCCCUAUGAAGACCGGGACAAGCGUCGACGUGUGGACAGUUCUUGA